GAAGAGUUUAGAAAACUCAAACUCUAUUUCGUGCAGUCAAGCGGCAAACAUAUCCGACUGUGGCCCAUGCAAUACACAAAGUAUGGGAUAUAUAACUUUGUUGGGGAGAAGAAAAUCUUGGUGGAAGAAGAUUUUAAAGAAGAAAAAAAAAAAGAGCACAUCACUUCAUUGUUCACUUUUUUCUUGACCUUGAAGACUAUUGCUGUUUUGAAAAGCCAGCAUGAGGAAAAGCUGAGGUGCUAUGACAGCGAAAAUAAUAGCCAAGAGGUUCUUCUAUCAGACAUAAUAUGCCCAAGAAUUUUCAAAUUGAGUUAUAAUACUCAUGGGCAACACUUUGCAAAUGAGCAUUUCAAAAGCUCACCUGAAAGUGAUUAUUUAUUUUUUUAA